GAGGGGGGGAGAGAGAGAGAGGAGGGAGAUGGAGAGCGAGAUGGAGGAUGCGGCGGAGGAGAGGGAGAACGGGGCGCGGGAGCGGCUCGAGACGGUGGCGGAGGAGGCGGCGGCGGCGGCGGCGGCGGCGGAGGAGAAGGUGGGGUCGAGCCUCACAAUGGAGCGUGUCGCCGCCGCGAAGCAGUUCAUCGAGAACCACUACAGGGCGCAGAUGAAGAACAUCCAGGAGCGGAAGGAGAGACGUUGGUUUUUGGAGAGACAAUUAGCCUCUUCCCAAGUUCCCAAGGAGGAGCAAAUUAAUAUAAUAAAGGAUUUAGAGAGGAAGGAAACAGAGUUUAUGCGACUUAAAAGGCACAAAAUCUGCGUAGACGACUUUGAGCUACUCACCAUUAUUGGAAGAGGUGCUUUUGGGGAGGUCAGACUAUGCCGGGAGAAAUCCUCUGGCAAUAUUUAUGCUAUGAAAAAGUUGAAGAAAUCAGAGAUGGUUAGCAGGGGUCAGGUGGAACAUGUUAGAGCUGAAAGGAAUUUGCUUGCUGAAGUUGCUAGUCAUUGCAUUGUGAAAUUAUACUAUUCAUUCCAAGAUGCAGAGUUCCUUUACUUGAUCAUGGAAUAUCUUCCUGGAGGUGAUAUGAUGACCCUUCUCAUGAGAGAAGACACAUUAACUGAAAACGUUGCUAGAUUUUACAUUGCCCAGAGUGUGCUAGCCAUAGAAUCCAUUCAUAAGCAUAACUACAUUCACAGAGAUAUUAAGCCUGACAAUCUGUUAUUGGACAAAAAUGGUUACAUGAAGCUCUCAGACUUUGGUUUAUGCAAACCAAUUGAUUUUUCAAGACUCUCAACCUUGAAUGAAGAUGAACCCAUUACUGAUGAAAACCUUAGGGAGUCUAUGGACAUUGAUGGUGGCUUUUCAGAUACGAAUAAUAGUAGGUGGAAGAGCCCCCACGAACAGCUUCAGCACUGGCAGAUAAACAGGAGAAAGCUGGCAUUCUCUACUGUGGGUACACCAGACUAUAUUGCUCCAGAAGUAUUACUGAAGAAAGGAUAUGGCAUGGAGUGUGAUUGGUGGUCUUUGGGUGCAAUUAUGUAUGAAAUGCUUGUUGGUUAUCCACCAUUUUACUCUGAUGAUCCCAUUACCACAUGCCGAAAGAUUGUGCACUGGAGAAACCACUUGAAAUUUCCUGAAGAGUCAAGAUUGUCCCCAGAGGCAAAGGAUCUUAUUUGCAGAUUAUUAUGUGACGUCGAACACAGAAUUGGCAGUGGAGGGGCAGAUCAAAUAAAGGCCCAUCCUUGGUUCAAGGAUGUUCAGUGGGAUAAGCUUUAUGAAAUGGACGCUGCAUUUAAGCCCCAAGUUAAUGAUGAACUGGAUACACAGAAUUUCCAAAAGUUUGAUGAAUUGGAUCCUCCAGUAAGGACUGGUUCUGGACCAUCAAGGAAGAUGUUGCUAAAUGCAAAAGAUCUAAGCUUUGUCGGAUACACAUACAAGAACUUCGAUGCCAUUAAAGGCCGGCAUCAGUCAUUUGAUAUGAAAAGAAGCGCAUCACCAAGGCGGCCUUCAAUUGAUUCCAUAUUCGCGGACUCGGCAUUGGACUCUUCUCGGAGAUCUUCUGAAGGGGACGCAGACACUCACAUGGUUUCAUCAGGCGAUGCGAUGUCCCCAUAAGCUAUCCUUCCUAUUAUCCUUACUCAUAAUUAGUUCACCAAUGCAAACACCCUUCGCCGUGCGGUUAGUGAGGAAUGGCCUGCUUCUUUUUAGCCAGGUCUGCCCCUAUUCCCCCUCCCCCUCUAUUUGGCAUGGAUUUUACUGAAUUGAAAACAGCUUCUAGUUGUACAGUAGAAUGUUUACUAUAUUAAGGACCUAAUUAAAAGGCCCAGUUGAGCAUUUGUCUGAGUGAGAGGAGACGGCUAAAUUCGGGGAGUAAUUUGGCCCUGGCUGCCCAGGUUGGCAGAAGCAAAAGCCUUCUCUUGUGGCAGUUCCUGGUCUAAUUAGUUUGAUGAUAAUAAGAGAUGUUAACUGCCGUUUGAUGUGUAUCAGAGUAAUCCUCUAGCAUUUUCUUUUUCCUUUUUAUUUUUUCUCAA